AGCCCACUCGAUAAAGGCAACAACGCCAAAUAGUAACAUUCGUACUGCGAAGAGAAACGGCCUAAUUUAUAGUGUAUUGAUAAAAACUGCGGGUUUUUUUUUACUUUUUAUCGCAAUUGUAAAGUAAUUGGUUUUAGUUAAAUCGGUGCCUUUGUGGUCAGUGCACGUGAACAAGAUGUUUUUUAAAUUGUUUUUGUUGAUGAUUUUUGUGACAAAAGUAUCUUCAACGGUUGUUGCAGAACAAGAUUACUACAAAUAUGACGAAUACGACGAUUACGAAUACGACGAUCCCACAUUAGAUACAGUACGAAACACACCAACAGACAAAACAACAUAUAAAACUGAAGCCACUCCGUACAAACAUGCAAAAGGCGAACCAGAUGAAAUUUCGACGGUUAAAUGGUUAAAACAACUUGUACGUGAAGAUCCUGUAAAUAAUAAGGCUUUAUCAAAUGUUGAUAAAGCUACUGGUGAUGAAGAAGAUGUAACAUAUAUUCUUACAGAUAAACCUCCUAUAGAUGAUAAACCUGGUUAUGAAGUUACAGAAAUUGUUGAUGAUAUACCAAACAUUGUAACUUAUAAGCCUAUAGUAACUAAUUUCACUAUUAGAUUACCUUUGAAUAAUGCCACAAGUAUCAAUGGAAAUAAUAUUGGAAAUAGUAACGAAAAUAAGAAGAAUAAAGGAAAUGUCCCAAGAAAGAGCUCAAUAAACAUAUUCCAUGUAAAUGCUGAAUUUGAUGAUGAUAGAGAAAAGAAACCUGUAAUUCAAAAUAUAAACAUUCAUAAAAUACCUUUCGGUAUUUUCAAAGUGAAGGAUCAUGUAGAUAGAAUUAAAGAUAAUGUUGUAAAUUAUGUGCAUAGUACUGAUACUGAAUGUUGUGAUGAACCAAAUGAAGGACAUUAUUUACCAAACAUACUGGCGGCUCCUGGGAACUUUUUACGAAGAUUAAGGGAGAAAGGAUCUACUUUUUACCAUAAGUUUUUUAGCUAAUUUGUGUGAUAAAUCAGUUAUAAAAUACAUA